UUUGAUGUAUUUUGGGAUCAUUUAGAGUGUUUUAAGUGGUUUGUGUGUGAGGGGAUGUUUUGAGAGUGACGGGUUAAAUACAAGGAGAGACUUGUUUUGGAAUCCCUACCCAAACCCAGGCCGAAUGAUUUUAUCGAAGCCUUCUAGUUCUUCCUCUGAACCUUUACUUUGGGUGGCUUCUUAGGUUCCUUAUCUUCACGUUUCUUUACCCUGGAUAAUUAUUUCUUAUUAUCCAAGCAAUGUAGAGGAGACAGUCCCAGGGCUGUAGAUGUCACCUUCACCACCAUCAUCUCAGCCCUCACAAGUUCACAACACUCCACUCACCUGCCCCACAUCACAGAAUUGUCACCAUACUUGUACCUGGUGACUCACGCUGGGGGAAACUACUGAAUAUCUUUUCUUAGUCUAUUGAUAAAAAGAACAUUACACUAAACUCAGUACUUCGCUCUUGUGAUGUGCGCCGCGACCAGCUAGUCAGUCAGCCAACACCUUCCUGACGGCGGUGUGAAGGUGUGAGGGUGUGUGUUCCUCCAGCCCCGUGACAGCCCUUCACACCACCAAGGACAGUAAGGAGGAGGAAGAGGAAGGCAUAUCAGUGGGCGACAGUCAGCAGGGGCAGCGAGGUCAAUAUGAUUCCUGAAGUGGAUAUUUUUGUUGGAAAUUACACAAUUAUUGACCGAGAGGUGUUUGAGUUAUGGGUGCAGGGAUAUUCCGUGGUGGAGUGUGUGUCAGUGUUGCAGCAGCGCGGGGAGCUGGAGGCGUGGGGUGCGGCGCAGGACCUCCUCGCCUCGGACACUGGGGACCAUUACCGCACCUUUGGCAUGCUGGAGAAGCUGCUGCUCACACCCCCCAAGCUGGCGGAGGAGUGGAUCUUUCAGCUGGAGCCGGCCGUCCAGCGUAUGGUGAUUGAAAAGUAUUAUGAGCUGGACGACAUUGUUAUCCGAGAGAUCAUUGGAAAGAAGUUGUCGGGCCGCACUAGGAAGGAUCUUGAUGAUGUGGCUGAGAAAACUGGUGUGCUUCUUCGGUCCUGCAGGCGUCAAUUUGAUAACGUGAAGAGGAUUUUCAAACACGUUGAUGAGAUGACAGGCUCAGUGAUGGCCAAUAUACAGACCGCCUUCCUGCUGCCGCCACCACUGGCCAAAAAAUACGCCUCGAUCGUCUUCAUCAUCAACAACCGCUUUGAGACGAGCAAACGCAAGCUGAACUACCUGACGUUUGAGGACUUCUCCGUGUGUGCGUCCCUCAUGAUGUCUUCCUGGACCACGGCAAGCCCCCUGGCCCCCGCCCUGGCCCCCGACAACAGGGAUGACACUGAUUUUGACCGCGACUUUCUCAUUGAGCUCAGGGACUUCAAACUUCUGCUGGACCGCGAGAAGGAACAUCGGAACGUUACCCUAAGCCACCUUCGAGGCAAGAUACCAGACCGCAUGUGCUCGGAGGUGGAGAGCAACUUCAAGACGUACUCCAGGGGGAUCAUAAACAUUGGCUGCUCUCUCAACAACUCCCGGGAUUUGAGGGAUUUCUUUGUGGAUGCAGUGGAGAGAGUGGUGGAGCCCUGCAGACAAGCCAGGUGGAAGUCGCCCGAGCUGGAGGUAUUCCUCAAAGUGUAUGCCGAGGCUGGGUCUGCGCUGGACAUUAUGGCGAGCGAUCACUCCCUGCGCACCACCUGGGAACGCUACAUGAACACAAUGAGGGUGUGCCUGACGCAGCUGUACCACUCAUGACGUCACGCCCCGCCCCUGCGCCUCACCAGAACCUCCACCGUGCAGGAGAAGGUCGUGGCGGCUGACUGACCCUCACUAUCCCAAGUCCCGAGAAGGUGCAGCCUCUUCAUUACCAGGAAGUGUUCCCCGGCGCAAGCUCAUCGCCAGUCAAGCUUAGAGUGAGUGGCCGGGCACCUCACUCACUCUCCCUCUCCCUCACUCACUCACUCAAGAAGUCAUUGUAAUUUCUCAGCCCUUCCUUCUUUCCUUCUUUUCUAUCAUUCCUCUCUUCUUCCUUUGCCUGUCCCUUCCUUCUUUUCCUUAUUUCUUAUC